AAACAAAAUUCUUAUCUAAGGCGUGAACCAAAACCAACGCUCAUGACGCUUAAACAAUAAAAAUUUUUUUUAAACAAUGUUUAAUUAAUUUUAACUUUUAAUUCCUAUGUUAAUAUAGUUUUUGUUUUUUAUUUUUCUACGUUAUUUUUAUUGAAUAUUAAAACUGUUGAUAUUUAACACCGUACACCAUUAAUAAUCUAAGUAUUUUAAAUCAGUCAUUACCAUGAGUUCUGACAAAAUUGACUAUCCAAAAGCAUCCAAACUAAUUAGUGAUGCUGGUGUUAUCAUUUACAUUGGAGGAUUUCUUUUAAUCAUUGCAUUUAUAAGCCCUUAUUGGUUGGAAUCAUAUGAUGAAGCAUUCAUAAAUUUUAAGCACAUGGGCUUAUGGACAUAUUGUUUUGACCACUUCCGAUACCCUCAUUAUCAAUUUGAAAAGCUCUUUGAUGGCUGCAAUACAGUUUUUAGUGAAGAAUAUUACGUUAUUCGAGAAUGGCUAUUACCAGGAUGGCUAUUGUUUUUGGAACUUUGUAUGACUUUAGCAAUAUUGUUAUCACUUGGAACAUUAGCAAUAAUUGCUGCUGUUAUAACAAGAUAUCCACAACGUCUUGUUCUUAAAUAUGAGUACAUGCUAUCAGCUGCAUGUUUCUUAGCGGCUGCAUCUUCUACUAUAUUGAUAUUUUUUACUGUAAUCAUAUUUCCAUUCAACUGUUGGAGACGUGAUUGGCUCAUGUAUCCUAUGUAUAAUCACCUGUCAUGGUCAUUUUAUAUUGCUAUUAUAUCAGGUUUUGUGCAUGCAUACGGUUCAUGGUAUUUGUUUAAGGAUGCACGAAUUGCUUAUGAUCAAAGAAGAGAGAGUAAAAAUUUAGUAAUGCAAAUGUAUCCUCCUCAUGAACGUAACUUUUAUGAUCAAUAAAACUUUUAACCAUUUAUUUUCUUAAGUUAUUUUAAAUAUAAACGAAUCCGUCCACUAGAAAUAUAACGAUCUGUCCAUUAAUAUUAAUUGUAUAAUUUUGUAUUUAAUGAUCUACAGUAAAUUUUCUAUUAUAAUCAAAAUUCAUCUCAUCUGAAGAAGUAUUAUAAUAAAUAAGUUAAUAUUUUGUGUAUUAUUAUUUUAUUUUAUUUUUUUUUUUUUUUUACUUAGAGAAUAAUGUACCAAAUGUGUAGUCUACGUCUUACUUACUUUGCAUAAUAUAACAAAUGUUUUGUUCAAAAGAAUCCAGUUUACUAUAUUAUUUUUUAAUGCAAUUUAAUUAAUUUAAAGGUAAGAAUAAUAUCUAGGGGUUCUGAUCAUGAAUUUUGGUAUGUUAUACAUUAGAUAUGUUAAGAUGGAGACAACACAUUGGGGUACAAUGUCCAUGAAAAAAAUUAAUUAUAAAUACAUUUUUUUGUUUUAAAAUAAUUGAUUCUUUUUUAAGCUUUUUUGUUUAGUACACUGUGUUAUGUUGAAUACUAACAAGAACUUAAAUACAUUACAUUGGUUCAUGUUAUUUACUUAUAUACAUUGCACUAACCAUCAAUAUUUUUAAGCCGUGACUGUUACACAAUAAAUAUAAUUAUUUAAUAUUAAUGUAAACAAUUAGUAUUAAAUAACAGAAGUAUAUGUUAAUUUUAUUUUUAUACUAUUUACUAUUUAGCUCAUGGUAUUAACAUACUUGAUCUAAUAGAUAUUAUCUAUUUAUUUAUCAUAAUACCAUACACUAUUUAUAUGUUAAAAUUGUAUUUUAAUAAAGUAAAUUUAUUUUCA